UGACAGUUUAUUAAUGAGAUGAAAGACUACUUAAUGUUUAGAGAACAGAGUGUUUGCAAGACAGUUUCAGAAACGCCAGAAGUCUACGCGACCACUAUGGGGCUAAGAAAUGUGUUUGCGAUAGCGCUGGCUAUUAAUGUGCUGCAAUUCUGCCAAGCAGCUCAUGUACUGACGGCCACACCAACAGCUGUAGGUGUUGGUCUUACCAGGCAACUCGAAGUCAAAUGUACCUUCUCUCGAGACUCCGGCUCCAUCAUUAACUCACUUCUGUCUCUACACAUCGCUCAUUCGGCAAAUGUGGAUAACCCAUCCUUCAGCUUAUUGGCUUCCAUAAACUCCAACGACAACAAGGUGACCGGAGUUAUCCUCAACACUGGGGCUAAAGUCUCUGGAGGAAUCAACAACAACGGGGAAUCUUUCCUGAAGAUCACCUGGAGCUACCCUCUAAAACGAAACGGCGGAAGAUACAGAUGCAGAGCCAACGGCGCAAACAGCGUCGGCAAGGUUGUCGAUUCCAUCAAGGGAACCAUAGUGACUGCAGACGUCCCCAAUAUCAACAGCAUUGUCCAGGAGCUGAUAAACGUGAACAAGCGCAUUGAUGACUUAGAGUCUGGAGGGUCAGGUUCACUCAGCGGAAGACUAAAUGUAUCAGGGGCUUUAAGGACCCAGUUCGUUAUAUCCGAGCCUUACAAAGGAAGACGAUACUAUCUAAGUUUCAGACCUUACCUGCAUACAGUGCAAGACGCUCAUUUCAGAUGUCAGAUGUAUGGCGGCUACCUGACGGAGAUCGACGACUCGGAUGAGUUUGAGUUCGUCAGAAACUUCUUGAAAAAUCAGAAAGAGAGAAACUACUAUGAGAUUUUCAUUGGCGCGAACGACGAGGAGAAUGAGGGUCGCUGGGUGUACCCCUACAGCAACAGAACCGCGCCCUACCUUUAUUUCAGAACUGGACAGCCGGACGGAGGUCGUGGGGCCAACAACUUAUGUUUCUGGAGAGAUGGCGACUUUUACAUGAGCGACUGCAUUCUGUACCCGAACCAGGACUGGGGUUUCCUUUGCGAAAUACCAAAUUAGGCGACAACGAACAGAAAUUUAGGUAGAUCUAUUUAUUCUGAGCUUUACUACACUAAUAACUUGGACAUGUUUUAUGUAGACAUAGAGAAGAAAUAAACACCAAACUAUAUUUAAAGCCAACUUUGAUAGUAAACAAUAAAUAUUUUGAGAAUGAACGAAAA